AUGGCCACACUGAACAGCUAUAAACAAAACACAUCAAUGUCGAUGCCAAGCCCCCAGAAUAAUCCGCACUACAUGAUUGCGGGGCCCCCAAUGAGUUUCGGUAUGAUGAAAGGCGGUAUGAAUGCACCGCCGCCUAACCAAUACCAGUAUCACCCCUACGGGGGUGGGUACGGGUGGCAACAUCAGGCGCGUUUCGGUGCAGAGAGUGCGAGGCGUACGGGAGGGGCGCAGGCCCAGAGCAAGGAUGAUAAGACGAGCCCAUUCGUGUCCACUGUACACUCACAUCCGGGCUUCCAGCCGCAGAAGAUUGGAAAGGGAGCUGGGAGCGGCGCGGGUCUCCCCAAGCCACCGAAGCCACCAGAAAAACCUCUUAUGCCAUACAUGAGGUACUCCAGACGUGUAUGGGACAGUGUGAAAGCGGCAAACCCAGAUCUUAAGCUAUGGGAGAUUGGACGUAUCAUCGGGGGAAUGUGGAGAGAUUUGCCCCAGUCAGAAAAAUAUGCAUUCGUUGAUGAAUAUGAAGCUGAGAAGUCGGAGUACGAGAAAAGUUUGAAGACAUAUCACAACUCUCCAGCGUACUUGGCGUAUAUAGCGGCGAAGAACAAGGCUGUCGUUGGUAACUUGGAAGAGGAAAGUUCAAGUAAGAAAGGCAGUUCGCAGAAGGAGCAACAGCAGCAAGACAGAAGAAUUGACAUACAACCCGCCGAAGACGAAGAAGAUCAAGACGAAGGUCUAUCAGUGAAACACGUGGCCUACGCUCGCUACCUCAGGAACCACAGACUGAUAAACGAGAUCUUCUCGGACACCGUUGUGCCGGAUGUUCGGUCCGUUGUCACUACAGCUCGGAUGCAGAUACUGAAAAAACAAGUCCAAUCUUUGACGAUGCAUCAGAAGAAACUCGAGGACGAGUUACAGCAGAUCGAAGAGAAGUUUGAGGCGAAGAAACGUAAAUUUAUUGAGAGCAGUGAGGCUUUCCAAGAAGAAUUAAAGAAGCACUGCAAGCCGGCCGUGGACGACGACACGUUCAGCCGCAUGGUGGAGCGCGCGCUGGAGCAGCUGCGGCGCGGCCCGGCGGCGCCGCGCGACCGCCCGCACGAGCCAAUGGAACAAGAUCAAAACGCGAUCAAGUCUGAAUCUGGGCCCAACGCACCGACCCAAGUGGACAAAGUGUCAACAACGGAAGUAAAGCCAGAUGCAAACAACACCACAGAGCUGAAUAAACCGGAAAGGGAAACUAAGGAUCCCGCUCCGGAGACCACUACAUCGGAGACUGAUGCUGAACGAAAGGAAGAAAAACAAGCUGAAGCAAAAGUAGACAACAGAGAAGUCCCAGCGCCGGGACCAGCCAAUUUGCCGCCUCAAUCUCAAAUAAAUUCACCCACACCGCCUGUGAUGAUGAUGCCUCCAAACCCCAACGCCCCGGCCCAUCCAGCAGCCCCCCCACACGGUGGACCUCCCCCUCCACCAGGCGGCUACGGCGCGGCGGGCUACGGCGGGCGCUACUACCCGGGCUACGCGGGCGGCUUCCCCGCCUACCCGCACUACUACCCGCCCGACCACUACCCGCACCACGCGCCCCAUCCCCACCACGAACUUAAGCCUGAGGAGCCACCUGCUAAGAAAGAGGCCGAAUGAUUGUCACCGAAACGCGUCGUGAAACGACGCAGAAAAUCUUCAUCCAAGGAGGUGCAAUAAGUGCAUUGAAGAUUUUCAGUGAUUUCAUAUUGGACAAUUUCUAAUAUUAAUGUGAAAUGACAUUUCUUUAGAUUAGAUAUGAAAACUCAAUAAGGAAUCUUGUGUAAAUUUUUAAUGUUUGUAUGUUUUACAUAAAUUUCUAUUGUUUUUUGAUAACUUUGAAAAUGGUGUAUCUUAGGGAAAGUAAAAUAAAACAUAAGGAAUUAAUAAAUGUGUACUUCAGUUAGUCUGUAACAUAUUCUUAAUUUAAGAAAAUCCAGUUAAUAUUAGACAUACAGGUAAUUUCACAGUGACAUACCAUUUACUUGAAAACUAUUAAUAUUAGAAAAAUGUAAACACCUAGACAUCUGACUUAACAUCAAUGAUUUUACGAGCAUGAUUAUAAUAUAUUUUUUUAUAACUAUGUUAUUCUAAUGUGAAUAAUACUUUAUUUACAUUUAAUAUACUUAGGAUAAAAGUAUAUAUUUAUCACUUAAUAUAAAUUAGUUUCUAAGAGUAGGUACACUUAGAAAGAUAAUAAAACUAUAAAUUAUAGUUGUUUAUCUAUUCUCCUCCAUUACGAUUCUGUUGCUGUUUCUUCCAAACUCAGCUAUUAUUGGACGUCCAUCCAUGAUUGUUCCAUUUACUUCCUCUAAAGCCUGUAUGGCCAAGUCCUCAUCUGUAAAAUAAAAUAUUCUUAUAUA